UCCCGGAAUCUGUAAUGUUGCAUCAGAUUGACAUUUCGGUAAUUUCUAAUAACUAUUAACAUGGCGCGAAGACAUUAAAAUAAUAUAGUUUAUGUAAAGAGAACUUUUUACUUUUUACUUACUUUUCGAAAGCUUUUUUCCCCUCAAAUAAGGGCAGUUAUCCAACACGGUGUAAGGUCUUUAUUGUCCAUCAUUAUCGACGCUAGCUAAAACAACUCCGUGAAAGUCAUUUACACUGACUGUUGUUAGUAUCAAUUGUACAUUCAAAUUGUGGCUCCCUGUGAAGGCAUUUUACAUGAAGUUUAUAGGCUUAUAUUACUCUGCCACAGCUACUGGGUCACACUAAGAUGAGUUUUAUAAUGUCGGAACACUGUGGUAGGAAGGUAUACGCCUGUUUUAACCUCUGAACAGGCAGGAGGGUAACUGUUAGCAUCAAAACAGUUAUGGCCAAACAUGCGGUGCUUUCAUCUGGGGCAAAGAUGUGGAGAUCUCUGGCCUGUGCAAAGUCAGAGCUGCGUCUGGAUCUCACUCUUGCCUGUGGACAAUCUUUCCGCUGGAGAGAAACUGCAGAGGGCCACUGGACCGGAGUGAUGGGAGGACGAGUUUGGACUCUGACUCAGACAGAUGACACCCUUUGGUACCACGUUUACAGAAGCCAAAGCAUGCCAGAAGAUGGAAGUGACAGGAAGAGGAGAGCUGGUGUUUCUCUCCAGAUGGAAAACAAGUCAGAGAAGAGAUUCAAAGGAGUUUUGAAGAAGGAGGAGGAGGCGGUGGCUGUGACUUCAGUGCAGGACACUGAAGAGGAAGAGGAGAUGCUGAGAGAUUACUUCCAACUGAAUGUGAAGCUGGGGGAUCUGUACAAAGAAUGGGGAGCAGCAGAUCCCCACUUCAAGCGCAUUGCAGACAUCUUCACAGGUGUGCGAAUGCUGCGCCAGGACCCCACUGAAUGUCUGUUUUCCUUCAUUUGCACCUCCAACAACCACAUCUCUCGUAUCCAGGGCAUGGUGGAGAGGCUGUGUCAGGCUCUGGGUGCCCCGCUGUGCCAACUGGAUGAAGCCUCUUAUUACAACUUUCCUUCCCUGUCUGCACUUGCAGACAACAGCGUGGAGGCACGUCUCAGGGAUCUCGGUUUUGGAUACAGGGCUCGGUUCCUUCAGCAGAGCGCGAAGCAGAUUUUGGACACCCAUGGGCUCCAGUGGCUUGAUGGUCUACGCAGUGUCCCGUAUCUGCUGGCCCGUGAUGCUCUGCGUACUCUGCCCGGUGUGGGCACCAAGGUGGCAGACUGUGUAUGUCUGAUGUCCCUUGAUAAGGCAGAGGCCGUACCCAUAGACACACACGUGUGGCAGAUUGCUAAACGUGACUACAACUACGGCUCUGGCAACGGACAAAAGAGCAUCACAGAUAAACUGCACAGAGAUCUUGGGGAUUUUUUCAGAAAACUGUGGGGACCUUAUGCUGGUUGGGCACAGUCGGUGUUGUUCUGUGCCGACCUCAAGAAGUUCCAAAAGCUGAAAGAAAUGCCACAUCUGAAGGAGCCAAAGAAAGAAGAGGAUGGUGAAGAAGAAAUAAGGCCAGUGAGCAAGAAAGCAAAAAUUAAGAAGGAACAAAAUGGAACUGUGAAGAACACGAAAACUGAAUCAGCACGUCACAAGAACACAAAGACGUCAUGAGAACAUGAGAGUGAUAUGAGGUAAACAACCCUCUCACGUCAGGUUUCACAUCAAAAUACUGUGCUGCAUAUUUUUAAUUAAAAAAAUAUUGGAAUGAAAUAUAUAAACGGUAUAUUUGUCGUGGUAUAAAACUAAUGAUUGCAAGAUUCUCAGGGUUUUCCUUCACAUGUGUUUAUGUUUACUGUGACCUCUUCCUUGUCUACCUUCAUAUGAGUUCAACACUAGAAUACAAAUACAGCACACCGGUGACUUUUUCACAAUAAAGACAAAAUAACUCAUGCUCUUUCUUUGUGCAUAAAUGUUGCCAGGAGAGGCCCCUAGGUGGCAGUAUGUAUUUGAAGUUAUUGCUCUCCAAGAUAGUGUCACAUAAUGGGCUGUUUGCUUUCGUCAGACUUUUUUUUUGUAUGGGAACAACAAAUUUCCCUUUUCCCUGUGUGAAUACUUUCUGCUAAGCCCCCUGGCUCCUGUUACACCACACACCGACACGUCAUGGCAUCUGCAUGCACGUCUGAAAAGGUCACAGGACGCCAAAAUGGUGUGUUGCAUUUCUGCAGUGCAUUCCCUGCAUGAAAAUAGUAUGUGUUAGUGUCGGAUCAUAAAAGGCUGUUUGAAUGGUUGUUGAAGUGUCAUGGUGACUGUAUGUUUAUCUAUAGGCAUUAGUUGACUGUGUCAGCUGGUCUUUUUAUAGCAGGGAUUGCAGUUAUCUGCUGUCACUGCUUGCGGGCUGUGGGACUCUGGUGACAACAUGGACAUGUCUCCUCGGGUGUGUGACCUAUUAGUGUCCCUAUACGACAACAACAGUGCAAUAUUUUAGUUUAAAAUAUACAGAGAAAAAUAAUUCCAAAAUGUGCCUAUCAAUCGUCUUUCUUACCCUAAUUUGAAAGCAUGUUUUUUGACAUGUUGAUGUAAGUGAGCAAGUGCAUCAUGCAUGUAGUUGUUGUUGUGUGUCCAUGUGUGCAUGUCUUCCAUCCAUAGAUGACGUUUAUUUGUGGAUGUGUGUGCAGCCAUGCGUGUUAAUGAAUAUGUGAGUCAGCUUUCAUCCCCACUCUCCGUUGAGCUGGACAGAAGCUGGGGCCCAGCUUUAGGGCAGAGUCACAGUGAAGAAGAAGAGCAGAGUAAAAAUACAGCAGAGAGAAGAGGAAUAUUAUUUUGUGUUUUGUAAAAGGCAGGGAGAGGUGAAAGUGUGCUGGAGGUGGGGUAUAUGAAUUUUAAAGAAAAAGCCAUGCGUGCACGCAAGUUGACACACAAAUACCGAAACAGCACACGCAUUAUGUAAGAGAUGGGUCUCAGCUUGUGUCGUGCCCUCGGGAACUACUCAGUUGAAAGGACAUCUCUCUUCGUGUCUGCUUUGUCUCAGAGGGCUUCACUGCUUCCUGCAGCUACCAGGGGGCGCCAUUUUUGGAGAUCCGGCAAAAUGGGAAGGGCCUCUCGGAUAUUUCCAGAUGUGCAGCAGCAAGGUUGAAUUUGUUUGUCUCUGAGUGACAGAAUAUAAGAGGUGGUUUUGCGGUUGACCUAUUAUCAAGUGUGAGAGUGUGCUGCCAAAAUUGAGUGCUCUCAGAGUGGUUGACACGCAGAAAAUCACAGUGUUUGGAAUUUUAUACAUAACAAUCAUAAUAUUGUAGUUUUUCCCCAGAAAAUUAUGGAUAAAAAAAUCAAAUGGUUAUUUGUCUUAUCUGUUUUUGGUUAAUACAGUGAAUCAGAUGCCUGACAAAUCAAGGAACAUGCGUCACACUGAUGCAGAAGUUAUGUAAAAAUUGCCACACAGCUAUCCUGCUCAUCAUAUGGCCUAAUUUGGCAAGAGAUAAUUAAGAGAUAGCUGCCAUGAUAUAAAAAAAGUAAGACAGACAAACAGAUAGACAGAGAUGGAUGGAUGGAUCUAUCUAUCUAUCUAUCUAUCUAUCUAUCUAUCUAUCUAUCUAUCUAUCUAUCAGGGCUAGUCGAUGCUGUACUGUAUAUGAUCUCCUAUUGAUUUAAGGUGCUUAAUUAGAUGAGUCCAAAGGAAGGCAAUCCAGAAAAAUAUAGUAAAAUGAGGAAGUUAAAUACUGAAAAGCCUUAUUGUAGUGGUUAUAUCAGUUAAAGAGCCAACGUGUUUCGAACACUGCAGGUUUUCGCAGGGCUUUCAAAACAUACAACACAGACAUGGCCCCAGCUUUCUGGAUCCAUCAACCGGAUGUUUAAAAUACCCUGGUCUCAGUGAGGAAAUAGACUUCACAUGUUUUUGUGAUUUCUCAUUAUUCUCUACAAGCUUUGCCAUUCUUCUCACAGUCCAUGGGUUAAUAUAGGUGUGUAUAUAUUUAAUAAAAAUUCUGGGUAUCUCAUCUCAUGUCACUGUGUUUUUUAUUAACUUAUUUUUUCAUUAUUGUCUAUUUGUCUCACCUGUCAUGGCAUUAUAUGGGUCAUGUGAUGGCCUCUGACUGGCUCCUGCCAGGGUUAGGGUUAGGGCUCUUUUAAUGAUUUAGCCGCUACAGUAAAAGCUUUUUAAUAUUUCCUUCCUCAUUUUUCUGUAUUUUUCGGAGUGCCUAGAUUACCUUCUUGUGGAUCCUGUUGUUUCCCGUUCUCCAUGAGCACCCUACACAAGAUUUUGAUCUAGGUUUGUUUAGACAGAGCAACCAGUCGUCUCUCUCUUACAUAGAUGAGUAUUGGGAACAACUGCACAGUUUCGUUGACACUGUCUGGAAUGUCAGUGCAUGAAUUUGAUUGUAUACUUAUUAAUAAGGUCAUAGUUAAGGGAGGGUUUUGCCCUCUGUAAUGAAUUACAUGAGAGGAGCAGAACAUUAGAAACUCCUCUCAGUGCAAUGCAGACCAGUACAGCACCACCACUUAGAGGAAAGUCAAACCUAAAAUAUAGAAUUAUGCAACAGUUUUAAAAAAUCCUGAUCAUUCAAGGCAUCGUCAAAGUAGAAUUUAUGGCAGUUAAUACAGUUACACUGCACAGGUGUUCCUAAUAAAGUGGCCACCAAGUCUGCGUAUACAUGCAAACAGUUAUUUAAAGGAAUAUUUGUUGUUUUGUUUGUUUAAAGGAAUAAUAUUUGCUGAGUCUUAUUCCCAGGUCACUUUGGAUCAGUGGUUCGGUCCGACUACUGAUCAAAUGAAUGAGAUGCUACAGUGAACUCUCUUUCUUCAGGAUUCCAUACUGAGCUUUUAAAAGCAUGUAAAAUUUAGGAAUGUAUGUUCAGUUGUGUAAUAAAGAUGAAUGUAUGGGGAUGUAUAUAAUUGUUGAGUAAGGUAUUGGAUAAUAAUUAUAAUUUAAAAAAAUCACAAUCAUGGUCGUAAUUCAAAAGUGUAAAUCUCUGACAACUUUAUAUGUUUUCAUAGUGAUUUAAUGCGGCCAUUUAUA